UUCAUAAAUGUGUCAAGGGGACAGACAGCCAUUAUUACUCCUUACUAAAUUAGGUUAAGGUUAAGCUUGUGUGUCUGUCUGCCGACACCCCCCCUGUGGAUACACAUGCUUAUAGGUGUUCUAUCCUGUUCUACCUGUGAAGGCCACUCCCUCAAAUGUUACUCCUGUGUGGGGAUGAACGAGGAAGACUGCAACCGACAAGGCUCAGCCACCUGCCCACACCAUGCUGACGCCUGCUCCACCAUCACAGGAGCCAACACUGUGAUGAAGUCAUGUACCUACAAGUCUUUCUGCGACAAGGCUCAGGGUGAAAGUCCCGGAGCCAAACUGCAGUGUUGUUUCAGUGACGGCUGUAAUGGACCCUCCAGGAACAACAACAACCCCUGGGCUCACUACCGCAACAGUUCGGGAGCCCUGUCCUCAAGCACCAUCCUGCUGAUCACGGCCCUGCUGCUGCGUGUGGCCCUCAGUCAUCUGUAAAAAAAAAAACUCCGCUUUUGUGUCUCCUUCAUAGAUCUAUCAUGUCAUCCUCUUCUUUUAAUAAUUUAAAAGGAGAAGAGAUCAAUCCAUACACCCUCACCUUUAUUUUUGGUCCAGAGAUUAUUAGUCCCACAGAAUAUCUGAGCUUUAAAACCAUGUCUCUGUAACUUGUGGUGCUGUAGACGUGUCUAAAAGAUCAAAACUUUUUUUCAGUCUUUAGAUUGUUUUGUUUUUUCAUUUUCAUGAAAUGGAAUGAUAACCUCAUAAUAGAGAGUGUUACAUCCUUGAUCAGGGGGAUAUUAAGCUGUACAACAACUUGAACCAGACAGUUUGCGUAGUGAACAGACACAUACUUAAUGAAUAACACCUACUCAUUGUUUUUCUUUUGUAGCUGGUGGGACUCAUGUGGUUAGGGGAAGGGUAAAGAUGUCUCAGUGGGUUGUUAGUGCACAGUUUGCUUGAUGCCAUAGAAGCACAGCCUGUGCUGAAAUAGAAUAAUUUAAUUUAGGUUAAUCAUUGAGUUGAUCAUUGAGUUAAUCAUUAACUCAAUCUGAAGAGAAGUUAUAAAAACCUCACUGAUAAGAGCUUGUUUAGUUCAUGAAUGGCUAGUUUUUGUGUGUUUAAGCUUGUCUAAAUAAAGAUAUAAUCACACCCUUAUUUUAUGUGACUGCAGUGUGUGGGUGACAUCACCUUGUUUUGACAUUUAACACCCUACACAUGACCUUAA